GAGACAGCAAUUACUGGCUUUGCGAAUCGAUUGAUUGCUCAGGGUGUGCGUUCACACAGGUGAAAUCGUGUGUAGUAGAAGGGUUAAUGUGGCUGAAAAGGGGGCACGGGGACAAGCUACCCCGUUAAAGUGGAUUCCCUAUUAACACAUUUCCCAUCAUCUUGAUGAACGAACAGCAAUGUUCACAUGGCGUAUCCUAAUUGCAGUUCGCUUCCACCUUCGCGUACCUGGGUGAUUGGUACAGCGAGACGCAAACAAAACUUUCGAAAUACGCGAUAGUGUUUAAGGUGGGGUAGGGAAGGCGGUCAAUGAUGUAUACAUGUGUGUUCAGACCGUUCAUUAGCUUUUUAUACGCAUAUAAAAUAUUCAAAUCAUCACAAACCCAACGUUGCGCUCUGUCUUUUGGCGGACAAGAUUCGAUAUGAAUUCUUUUCGACUUUCUUUCCGAUGUGAGAUAGGUACAUAUGUUUUAUUUUUAGCAACACUAUCGUGCUGCGUAUAUCAAGUGUUUUGCGAGAACAUUACAAUUCGAGAAAGGUGCAGCGAUACACGUCCAAUAAUUAUCAUGACGGUUGAAACGCGCUCGUUGUCUAUAUGUUACUGGGCAGCUACCUAGUCCUAGUGACUGGCACAGUCAGAGGGACCGCCCAUUAGUUUAUCAGUUUAUCUAUCAUUUUAUCUUUAAUCGCAUACUAGCAGGCGGCGGAAUAAACACGAUUUCAUGUUUUAUGACGAUCAACGUAAUAGUAGGAGGCCUUUGUUUCAAUGGCUUGCUUUGCUCUCCGUUUGCAAUAACUACGCGGAUGCUCAUUCAAUUGCAACAGUGUAACGGCAACUUUCUUUUUUCUCUGCUUUUCAUUUCGUUUUCUGUAUUUUAGGAAUUAGUUUUCGCUAGGUUUAAGCAAAGUAAAAUGCAGCCAAUUAUUAAAUUUCUACUCCAAUUCAUCUCACAUCGUGGUAGAAAACGUGGUGUCGUAGGAAUUGAUGAUUAUCGCAAAACCAUUUUUUUCAUGCUCGUAGAUAAAUCUCGGUGAAUUGAGGUUCACCUUGAUUAAAUUCCAUCCACCCUUUUUUUUGGUUUGUUUGUUACAUUACAUCAUGUGAAUGGAUGCGAAUGAUGAUAGUAAACCAAAAAGGCGCCGUUGCUUCGAAACGUACGGCUCAAUAGUGAUCGGUAUAACGUGCUGAUAAUAGUGAUAAACACAAAAUUGAACACCUUCAAUAGCGAACGAGUUACCGCUUAUCAGCGACGAGUUUCGUUCGUACCGUCCAGAUAGCUUAGCCAGCUUUAAUGAUGAGCGAUCAACAGCGAGAUCAACAGUCGCAGCAGCAACAGAGGCAAACUGGUUUUGUCGCACUGAAAGAGCAUGUUUUGGCAAACAAACUGGAAACGACGCAAUGGGUGUCCCGCGUGCUAACCAUCUACUUUGCGCUAGGAUACGUUUUACCCUUCCUCUACGGUAACUCUGUAAAUGCAUACUACAAAGUGCUGAUGGCAAAUGCGGCCACCAGUGCCAUACGGUUACACCAACGUCUACCUCCAUUUAAACUUUCCCGUGCCUAUCUACAGCAAACAAUGCUAGAGGAUUCGUUCCACUAUCUAUUGUUUUCCUUAAUAUUCCUGUACGUGUACCCUAUGUUGGUGAUAAUCUUGCCGGUCGUACUUUUCUCCGUGCUGCAUUCCACGAGCUAUUCCUUGACCCUGCUUGAUACACUGGGACAGAACUCAUGGUGGGGUGCACGUUUACUGAUUUCGGUAGUUGAAUUCCAAACGCGCAACAUUCUAAGAUUUGCGGCGUUCUGUGAAAUUAUCAUUAUGCCACUGACGGUAUUGCUUGUGUUUUUAGGCAAAGCCGGCAUCAUGACGCCGUUGGUGUACUUCCAAUUUUUGGUAAUGCGCUACUCGUCCCGCCGCAAUCCAUACACACGAAACGUGUUCUACGAGUUGCGAUUAGUUGCGGAAAACUUUGCCAACGGCACGGGCACACCACCGGUACUGCGUAAAGCUCUACAUGCUGCGAUCGGUUUCAUCAGCCGAUUAGCACCACCUACACCGGUACCGCCGCAACAGCAGCAGCAAUAGUAGGAACAAAGUACGCCUAAACAUUUUAUGUUGUUUUGCACAUACCACCACCCGCGCAUAUACAUGAGCACGCACGCAUAGUGAACAUCAUACUGGUAGCAGGCCCACUUGGAUGGAUUGCCGUUCUUUUUUAAACGAUGGACGCAGAUCUACGCUUUCCUACAUGUGCAACGAUCGGUAGUGUGCACUGGAGGUUUGUUUUGCUGCGCCGAAAACAAUAAACAAAAUUCUAAAGAGGGGGGUUUUCACUUUCACGCGAGGCCGCAUUCUGCCACAUUCGAUCAAAUAUCAAUGGUAUCAGUUGCGGGCUUCAGAAGCAAUCAUCUACAUCCGUUACAUGUAGCUCCAUUUGAAUUGUGUUUUUCUAUCUUCAUUUUAUGUUCCCCAUACCUUACAAUAUGUUUGUAUACAAUCAAAGGCCGUUUGUUGAUUACUAUAUUUUUAGGGUGAAUGAAUGCGUAAAUAUUACGGAAAUGGAAAUAAACAUUGUCACAAAAUGAG